AUGUUUGAUGACAAGAUGUGGGAGGAGUUUAUUUGCAUUUGGGGCCUAGUCGUCCUUUCAGCGAGUGUUGCAAAGUACGAGAAGCAUCUUUGUGUUUUGAAGCGUGAUUUUGAAAUGGUUCCUGCAGCACUUGAGUACGUCGAGAAAAAUUGGUUGGUACCCUACAAAGAGAGGUUUGUAAGAGCUUGGACGAACAAAGUCAUGCAUUUUGGGAACCUAACAAGUAACAGGGCGAAGAGUUCACAUUUGAAGCUAAAAAAUCAUCUUGAAAACUCACAAUGCAAUUUUGAUACUAUAUGGGAGAAGAUUCACAGAUUGAUGUUGUUACAAGUUACUGAAGUCAAAGCUUCUUUUGAGAAGAGCCUUAGUUGUGUGCAACAUGAUUUUAGAACAACUCUAUUUGAUAGGCUAAGGGGAGCAGUUUCGUCGAAUGCCAUGAGACUUGUUUUAGCAGCGUCCCAUCAAGUCGAAUGGUUUGUGGAAUCGGAGCAUGAGUGUGAGUGUUCUUUGAGGCACACCCAUGGUUUACCUUGUGCUCAUGAGAUUGCUCCUUACAAGGUGGCAAAUAUCCCCCUACCGAUUGAGUUAAUCCACGACCAUUGGAAGAGGCUUUCUUUUAUUGCACCCCGGAAUGAGGGUUCGAUGGAGGAGACACUUUUGGCUCACUUUGAUUGUUUUUACAAUAAGUUCUUGAAUGAAGAUCAAUAUGAUGCGAAGGUAAAUUAUGUUAAGAAGAUGCAAGAGCUUGCUCAUUCGAAAAGUAAUACACUCGUUGAACCCAAAGUGAAUGCACAACCACGCGGUCGGAAGUCAACGAAAGAAAGAAAUGUAGCCAAAGAACAAAAUUCGAUGCGUAGGGAUCCCUUGGAGUUUGAGCACGUUCUAGCCUCCUUUCAAACCCCUAAGGCCAUCAAAGAGAAACCGUGGUGCAAUUUGAAAGGGAAAACAAAAGUUCCAGCACAAUUUUGGAUAUGCCCCUUCAUCAAUCAGUUCUCGAAAGCAAUAAGACCUUACAUAGAAUAG